AUGUCGCUCGAGAAGAGGCCGUCGCUCACGGCCGAAGAAAUAUUCGGUUCUCUGACGCUGGAAGACAAGCCCACCGCAUCGGGCCCGCCGCCACGGCCAGAUGGUGCCAAACCUCCAGCCCCCCCAGGGGGCCGUCGUGGGCCACCUCCUCCUCCCCGUGACGGUGCACCGCCGCCCAAUCGAAGGGGCCCGCCGCCAAAUCACCGCCCAACUCGAUCGCAGGAAGAGGCACUUCGCGCCCGGAGAAGGCAGGAGAAUGGCGACCGCGCUGGUCCACUUGACCCGUCCCGGUCCCCGCAGCGGCGCAUGGAGAGACGGCCACGCAGGAACUCGGAGUCAUCCAUAAUGGACGCCGACAAAACUAUGACUGAGGAGGAGAAAAAGCAGCGCGAACUAAGGCGCCGCGAGCGCGAGCGUCGGCAUCGUGAGAACAGGGAUAAGAAACCAGUCAGCCGAAAGAUCGACAUCAUCGACCAGCUCGAUGCCACGAGCAUCUAUGGGGUCGGAAUGUUCCACCAUGAUGGACCCUUCGACGCUCUCAAUCCCCACCGGAACAGGCAAGGCAGCCGUCGUGCGCCGAUGCAAGCUUUCCCGGAGGGCUCGCUGAACAACACGAUUGGCGGCGCUGGGCCGCUGAACGCUCGGCCUGACCAUGCCACGUUCCUGGGACAGCAAGACGACGAGGCAUUCAAGGAGUGGUCAAAGGGUGGAAAGGACGGGUCGGAAUACUCGUCAUCAAAGAAGGAUGUGCCCGUGUUCGAUCCCCUCGGCCGCGGGAGCGUCCUGCACGGCGACCAGUCGCUUGGUUUGGGCACAUCGACCUUCUUGGAAGGAACACCGGCAGCAAGGACGGCUAUUCAAAAGCGCGAAGAGGAGCGGGCUGCUGAAGUGAUGAACGAGGGUCUCCAACGGAAGAAGUCGCUGGCUCACCGGAUCCGCAACAUCAACCGCGGAGGGCGCGACUUCCAGCCCUCUGGGCGGUUGACCAACCCUGACGGAGUGUACGGCGCCCGCCGGUCCCCGGGCCAGAGCGGACCGGCCUCAGCAUCGCUGUCGGAACGUAACCCUUUCUUCAGCGAGUUCGGGUCCGGCAAGGGCGAGGACGACUCCACGGUUCGUAGGACAGAUACGAACGCAAGCAAGGGGUCGCCUACCAGUCCUAAAGGCGGACCUGGUCUCGAGCGCAGGUCGACGACUGAUGCUACGGGAGGCGAAGAUGCGCAGCCGAAGGCCAGCGGCAUCCUGGGCCGCAUGAAGAGUCUGAAGGGAAGACGCCAGCGCCCGGCUCCCCCUGGCAGCGAUGCAGAUGCCGGGCCCCCUCCUGGAACGGCGGUCUAA